CUGAUAUUUAUCGAGAUUGCGAAAAGACUGAUUUCAAGUUUUUGCAUUGAUAAUUUUGCAAAUGCAUACCAUUUUUCAAGGCCCAUUGCUGUUUCGCCGAUUUUGCCAAAUAAUUGUACCAAAAGCACUGCCCAAAAAGUAUACACAUCCAAGCUUGCCUUUAAACCGUACCAGAGUCAUGACCAGCACUUUAUCUAAAAAGCUCAUUGCGUAUCCAAUCGCACGAAAGGAUCCAACCGUGGAGGAUGAUUUCCAUGGAACUCCAAUUAAAGAUGUAUACCGGUGGCUGGAGGAUCCGGAUGCGGCGGAAACCGAGGAAUUCGUGAAUGCCCAAAACAAUAUUAGCCGGCCAUUCCUCGAGAGCGGAGAGCAAUGGAAGAAAAUCAACGAAAAGCUCACCAAGUUGUGGAACUAUCCCAAAUAUGGCUGCCCUUAUCGCUACGGAAAUUAUUAUUAUUACUUUAUGAAUACUGGCCUGCAAAACCAAAGUGUCAUGUACCAGCAGAAGACCUUGGACGACGAAAGUCAGGUCUUUCUCGAUCCGAACAGCCUCUCGGAGGAUGGUACCGUCGCCUUAAGCCAAAAGUCGUUUUCCGACGAUGGCAAGUACAUGGCCUAUGGUCUGAGCGAAAGUGGCUCGGAUUGGGUGAAAAUCCUCAUUCGAGAUGCUGAGACCGGCAAAGAUCUGAGUGAAGUCCUGGAGAAGGUCAAGUUCUCCGAGAUAUCAUGGACAAAAGAUAAUAAAGGCUUCUUUUAUGGAAGAUAUCCGGAUCAAGAUGGUAAAACCGAUGGAUCUGAGACCAAGCAAAAUGAAAACCAGAAGUUGUAUUACCAUCGCGUGGGCGAGAGUCAAGAUAAGGAUACCCUUGUUGUCGAGUUUCCCGAAGAACCUUCAUGGCGAAUUCAAUCGACCGUAUCGGAUUGUGGAAAAUACUUGAUACUUGCUAUUGUAAAGGAUUGCCGGGACAACAUUGUAUUUUACGCAGAUCUACAGCCUGGCGAAGAAAUUAAUUCUAAAUUGAAUGUUAAAAAAAUUGUGGAGAAGUUUGAAGCUGAUUACGAUUAUAUUACCAAUGAGGGCUCAAAGGUGUAUUUCCGCACGAAUAAAAAUGCACCCAACUAUCAACUUAUCCUCAUAGACUUUGAAAAACCAGAGGAAGCCAACUGGCAGACCAUUAUUGCUGAGAACAAGUCCGAUGUGUUGGACUGGGUUAAGUGCGUCGAUGGAGACAAGUUGCUUGUUAAUUAUAUUAGGGAUGUUAAGAGUGUUUUACAAGUAAAUUCACUGAAUGAUGGAAAGCUGCUGCGAGAAUUCGACUUGGAUAUAGGCACCAUUGUGGGAACUACGGGAGAGAAGAAAUAUUCCGAAAUUUUCUAUAACUUUUCUUCGUUUUUGAAUCCUGGUACAAUUUAUCGGUACGAUUUUAAGACGCCCGAUGAGAAGCCCACAGUUUUCCGCGAAAUAAAGCUGAAUUUAGAGGGAUUCCGGCAAGAGGACUAUGCUGUGGAACAGAUUUUCUAUAGCAGUAAGGAUGGAACCAAAGUGCCCAUGUUUAUUAUUCGCAAAAAACGUGAUAGUAUUGAACCAAGGCCAUGUCUUCUUUACGGAUAUGGAGGUUUUAACAUCAGUAUGCUGCCUUCAUUCGGACUCUCAGGCCUUAUGUUUAUAGACACCUUUGAUGGCGUCCUGGCCUAUCCCAAUCUGCGAGGCGGUGGCGAAUACGGCGAAAAAUGGCACAACGGUGGUCGGCUAUUGAACAAGCAGAAUGUGUUUGAUGACUUCCAAGCCGCUGCCGAAUACCUGAUCGACAAUAAAUAUACAACCAAGGACCGUUUAGCAAUUCAGGGAGGAUCCAAUGGUGGUCUUCUAGUUGGCGCUUGCAUAAAUCAGCGUCCCGAUUUGUUUGGAGCAGCUGUGGCUCAAGUCGGAGUAAUGGACAUGCUACGCUUCCACAAGUUCACCAUCGGACAUGCAUGGUGUUCAGAUUACGGAAAUCCCUCUGAGAAGGAACAUUUUGAAAAUCUGUACAAGUUUUCACCACUGCACAAUGUGCACACUCCCAAGAGUGAUGAGACGGAAUAUCCAUCGACCCUGAUCCUUACCGCCGACCACGAUGAUCGCGUUAGUCCUCUACAUUCAUUGAAGUUUAUUGCUGCUCUGCAGGAGGCUGUUCGCGAAUCCGAGUUCCAGAAGAAUCCUCUACUGUUGCGCGUUUAUCAAAAGGCCGGACAUGGCGCUGGAAAACCAACCUCGAAGAGAAUCGAGGAAGCUACUGAUAUAUUGACGUUCUUGGCUAAAAGUCUAAAUAUCGGCACAACCAACGUUUAAGACGCCCAACCACUGAAUGAAUUGCAUUUCUCAGUAAAUAAUUGCUUUUUAUACUUUGCUUUAUUUUAAAAAUAAAGGUAGAAUCUAAAAAUGAA